AUGGGUAUAUUAGACAAGCUCAAGGACAAAAUGUCCACUUCAUCUUCAUCCACUCACAACGCUCAAUCCGUCAUGUCGUCUUCACAGCAUACCCCUCGCCUCGGCCCAGAGUCAAUCUUUCGAUAUCGAAAACAACUCGGAGUCAACCUCGGCUCAUGGUUCGUCCUUGAGAAAUGGAUCACCCCUGGACCGUUCCGAAACGCGGCGUCACCUGGUGAAAGUGACCUGGACAUUGCAAAAGGUCAAGAAGCCAAAGAGAUCUUUGAAAGGCACUGGGACGAAUUCAUCACGGAGGAUGAUUGGAAAUGGAUCAAAGAACAUGGUUUCAACAGUGUCCGACUGCCAAUUGCCUACUACCAUCUCUGCUCCGUUCUUCCGGACGUUCUCAAAGAUACAGACUUUGAGCCUCACAGAAACGUUUUUGAGGGCGCAUGGCAACGAAUUCAGAGAGCCAUCGAGACCGCUGGGAGCCAUGGGCUCGGCGUCUUGGUCGAUCUUCACGCUGCUGCCGGAGCACAGAAUGCAGAUGACCAUUCUGGCACGUCGUUCCACAAACCUCGAUUGUUCGACAAGAAAGCCAAUAUCCGAUCCACCAACCUCGCUCUGACCUUUCUCGCUUCUCAAUUCGCCGCUGUACCUCAUGUGAUCGGAUUGGAGCUCCUCAAUGAACCUGCUCGAGGCGAGAAUAGACUUCAAGGGUUUUACGAAGAAACCAUUCGAGACAUUCAAAAGACCAUCGGACCUGAUUUCCCAAUUUACGUCCAUGAUUCUUGGGACACUCCUCACUAUGCUCCUUGGACAGGUGAUCGACAAGGCUUUGUCGUCCUCGACCAUCACCUCUACAGAUGCUUCGCAGGACCAGAUUCCCAAUUCGAUGGUGAUACGACGGCUCGAAACCUUCACGGAGACUUUGCGAAUCAAUUUGAUGGAUGGUACAAACAGGCUAAAGGCAAUCUCGUCGUUGGAGAAUGGUCCGGAGCGCUCAAAUGGGACGUCAUUGGACACUUGCCUGAUCAAGAGAGAGACAGGCAUCAACGCGUCUGGGUCCAAGCUCAACUCGAACUGUACAAGAGGUCUUCAGCCGGUUGGUGGUUCUGGUGUUUGAAGAAAAGCGAAGGAUGGGACUCGUCUUGGUCCGCAAAGGAUGAGGUUCAGGCAGAGAUCAUGCCUCGCUACAUUGGUCUAGGUCGAUUCAAAGGUCCUCCCCCGGGACACGUCAAAGACCAACAAUUGCAAGAUGCUCACAACUCUCACACCUCGUAUUGGCAAGCGAAUGGAGGCUCGCCCAACCCUGCAGUCUUUGCACCUGGGUUCUCGCAAGGGUGGGACGAUGCACUCUUGUUCCUCGGUGCCCAAGACGGACCUUCUGAAAUGGGUUUCGUUAGCCAAUGGGCUGGUCGACGAAAACAAGAAUACGAAUCGCAACACGAAGCUCUCGGCAAGGCAGCUUGGGAGUGGGAACAUGGAUUCAAUCAAGGUGUGCAAGCUGCCAAGGCGGUCUGUCUGGAGUAG